AGGGUUUUCGUUCAUUCAUUUCACACCUUAAGCCCUAACCCUAGUUCCUUAAACCCUGCGUUGUGUAUGUCCCUGCUUCUCGCCUUCGGACAAUGAUCGCGUGUCCCAUAAGCGGGUUGCGGUUGCAGCCAUGAGUCGUUUGCAAGGCCGUCCCGAGGUCAUCACCAAUUAUGUGGAGGCGGUGGGAUUCUCAUUUUACACUGACGCUGAAAAACAUGCUAUUAGUGUGAAGCAGAUCAGCAGUCCCGUGCUGUUCGACAAUUUGAAAAACCCUGUUGUAGGGGGACUUUACGACCCUGCGCUUGGCCCGUUGAAUCAAACCUCAACAUGUACGACCUGUCGUCAACCACAAUUGCACUGCACAGGCCACUUCGGGCACAUAGACCUCAUACUGCCUGUUUACAAUCCCUUAGUGUUCAAAGAACUCGUGAAGAUCCUCAAAUGGAUCUGCCCUUUCUGUCAUCAUUUCAAAAUGCACGAGCAGCGCGUGGCAUUAUUUGCCACAAAACUAGAGUUGAUCGCCGAAGGCCGAAUGAUUGACGCUGCCAGAUUACAACUUCCAAAAUCAGAUGAUGAGGAAGGUGUUGGUAUGAAUCUUUCUGAUGAGGAUGUUGAAACAAUUGCCAACGAUAUACUUACAACUAAGAGUGGAAACCCCAGAACGCAAUGGACUUCCACCCAACUCGCAGCUGCUCGGACUGUUAUUUCUCGCUUCAAAGAUGACAUGCCCAAAACCAAGUGUGAGAAUUGCUUGGCACACGUCCCGGUUAUCAAGCAAUCUGGAGUGGGAAAAAUAUUUCAGGAACCACUGAGCAGCAGUCAUCGCUCCAACAACAUCAUGCGAGGAAUAAGAAAUACCGUGACUCUGCGUAGUCUUAGAAAAAAAUCAAACUCAGAUGAUGAAAUGGAGGAUGUCGAGGAGUCUAUUAAUGCUAUGGACAUGGAGCUGGACACAGAUGCAAUGGAGUCUAUGGGAUCAGCCAAGAAAGGUAAGGGAUGUAAAGUCUUAAAUCCGAAGUCGAGUGGUUUCAAAGCGGAAGAUCACGAGAGCUGGAGCAAGAAGAGGUUUCUAACCACGUCUGAGGUCAGAGAACACAUCACCUUAACAUGGCAAACUGAAAAGAGGAUCUGCGCCCUUGUUUGGGGUUUGGGUGAGAUUGGUGGCCGUAUGGGUCUGGAUAAAAGUGCGAAGUCGGAUGCCUCUAUGUUCUUCUUACAAACGCUUUUGGUCACACCAAACAAGUUCCGGCCACCAAAUAUAAUGAACGGUGAUGUUCUGGAACAUCCACAAAACAUAUUCUAUGGUCGUAUCAUUCGAGCCAAUAUUGCAGUAACAGAAGCUUCAAGGGGCAAGAAAGGCGAGGAUGGUUCCAAAUUGAAAGUUGACGUUGGUCAAGCUACUAGGCUAUGGUUGGCCUUGCAGAAUGAUGUCUGUGCCCUUCUUGAUAGUACCACAGCAACUGGGCUGGGGAAAGAUCAACAAGGUGGCGUUAGGCAACUUCUUGAGAAAAAAGAAGGGCUAUUCCGCAUGAACAUGAUGGGUAAACGUGUGAAUUAUGCGUGCCGGUCUGUAAUUUCACCGGACCCUUACAUCGCUGUGAAUGAAAUUGGCAUUCCGCCAUAUUUUGCGACUCGCUUAACGUACCCAGAGAGAGUGACGCCGUGGAAUGUGCAUCAAAUGAGGGAGGCAGUUGAGAAUGGUCCUCAGGUGCAUCCUGGUGCAACUCAUGUCGAAGAUGAGGAGGGACGAAUUAUUGGGUUGGAUAAACUUCCUAAACACAAGAGGACAGCAUUGGCCAAAACCCUUCUUUCAACUCCUGGAAUGGCAGUCAGGGGUACGAACGUUGAUGGAGGCAGGUCAGUUGGAAAGACAGUGUAUAGACAUCUGCGGGAUGGAGACGUGUUGCUUGUGAAUCGUCAGCCCACACUGCACAAACCAGGAGUAAUGGCCCACAAAGCACGAGUGCUCAAAGGAGAGAAGACUUUGCGUUUGCACUAUGCCAACUGCAGUACAUAUAAUGCAGAUUUUGAUGGUGAUGAAAUGAAUGUCCAUUUUCCACAAGAGGAACUAGGACGUGCAGAGGCUUAUGAAAUUGUGAACGCGGAUCAACAGUAUGUCGUCCCGACUAGUGGUGACCCUAUUCGUGGACUUAUUCAGGACCAUAUUGUCAGUGCGACCUUACUUACAAAGCGAGACACAUUUUUGAGCAAAGAGGAUUAUCACCAGUUAGUGUACUCGGCAUGUGUUUCGAUGAAUGCUGCUAACUUCAAGCGGAAGAACAAGAAUGUUGCCCUGAGUUUAAUUGAUCGAGACCUUCCAAUUAUCCCUCUUCCUCCCGCUGUUAUGAAACCUUAUCCCUUAUGGACUGGAAAGCAAGUGUUGACAACUGUUUUCAACCACAUAACUCAUGGGUUUCCAUCUUUCACUUUGAAAGCACCGAUCAAAGUUUCUGGAGAUUACUGGGGCAAGACAAGCGGUGAGCUUGAACUAAUUGUGAGAGACAAUGAGCUUGUUUGUGGUGUUAUCGACAAGGCUCAGUUUGGAAAAUUCGGAAUCGUUCACACUUUCCAGGAGCUUUAUGGACCUGAGAUGGCUGGCCGUCUAUUAUCUGUUUUCAGCCGACUCUUCACUGCCUACCUUCAGAUGCAUGGGUUUACUUGUGGAUUCGGGGACCUUCUUUUAGUUCCUAAAUCUGAGAAGUCGAGACGGAAUAAGCUUAAAGAAACUGACGAUCUUGGCAACAAAAUCAAUGCACGCUUUGUUGGCGUAGAUGAAGAAGGAGAGCUUAACAUGGAGGAGAUCAGAGAUGAAGUGGAGAAGAGAAUUCAAAGUAAAGGAGAUGCUGCAAGCGCACGGCUUGACAUGCUUAUGACUAGUGCUCUUAACCGCAUCACUUCUGAUAUUAAUAAUACAAUAUUCCCCAAAGGACUGAUGAAGCCUUUUCCCGCUAACUGCCUGUCUCUUAUGACCAUCACUGGUGCUAAGGGAGGACUGGUGAACUUUACACAAAUCUCGUCAUUGCUUGGGCAGCAGGAGCUUGAGGGUAAGCGAGUGCCUCGUAUGAGUUCUGGCAAGACGUUGCCUUGUUUUCCUCCAUGGGACCCAAGUGCGCGUGCAGGAGGCUUUAUUGGAGAUCGUUUCUUGACUGGACUUCGUCCUCAAGAGUAUUAUUUCCAUUGUAUGGCAGGCCGAGAUGGAUUGGUUGAUACGGCUGUCAAAACUUCUCGAAGUGGUUACUUACAGAGAUGUCUCAUGAAAAAUUUAGAGUCAUUGAAAGUACAUUAUGAUUACACUGUACGUGACUCUGAUGGUUCAAUAGUGCAGUUUCGGUACGGAGAAGAUGGCAUCGAUGUCACGAAGACGAGCCAUCUGUUAAAAUUCGAGCUUUUGGCGACUAAUCAAGAUCUUGUCUCAUUGCGACUCGGUAAAGAUCCGAACGAACGGCCUAAACGAAAUAAAAAGGACAAAGUCGUAGAAAACAAAGCUGACUUUGAAGGAAUGAAUAACCAAGCUGAAACAUUGGAAGCUGUCUCUAUGGCUUUUGAAGCGAAAGUGGAUGGUUUUAUUGCCAAUGCCACAAUAUCGAAGGCAGAAAGGAAGCGAUUGCACCUUAGAAGUCGCAAAGAUAGGGAAAAUUUUAGGUAUUUGAUGUCACUGAAGUAUGCGUCCAGUCUUGCACAACCUGGUGAACCUGUUGGAUGCCUUGCUGCACAGUCAGUGGGUGAACCUUCUACUCAGAUGACGUUAAACACAUUUCAUUUUGCUGGACGAGGAGAAAUGAAUGUGACACUUGGUAUACCUCGAUUGCGAGAAAUCUUAAUGACUGCAUCAGCUGAUAUUUCUACACCCAUCAUGACCUGCCCAUUGUUGAUCGGGAAAACCAGGGAGGAUGCCGAAAGACUCGCGAUGAAGUUGAGGAAGCUGCGUUUGAUAGAUUUACUAGAAAAUGUGGAAGUUGGUGAAGUUCCUUUUGCUGUUCAAAACGGCCAACCCUCUAAGAUUUUCAAGAUCCGAUUGAAAGUCUAUCCUCCUCACCGGUACCCGCCGCACUUGGAUUUGGAGUCUGAUGAGAUUGAGGAUGUUAUUCGAGACCAGUUCAUACCAAGGCUAGUGAAAGAGAUGAAGAAAUACUUUCAGUCCAGAUCCGGGACGAGGAAGGAAAAUAUUAUUCAUGUUGUUCAACCAUCCCAGUUAGGAGAAGGAUCUGGAGCAGAAGCUUUUGAUAACGGUCCUGAUGAUGGAGAGGAACCGAAGGGGAGGAAGAAAGGAAAGGAUGUCGAAGCAGGAGAAAUGCAGGAAGAUGAAGAUGAGGAAGAGGGUGGUGAGGAAGAAGGUGCAGAUGCUGAGAAGCGGAGAGGCCAGGACAACGAUGAGAGAGGAUAUGAUGAUGAUGUGGAUGAUGAUGAGAUGGAGAUCGCUGAGAAAACCAAGGAAAAGGAUUUGAAAGAACAGGCUGUUCUUGGAGACGAAGACGAUGAACAGGAAGUCGUGGAGAAUAUGGAUAGAGAUAAUUUAUACGACGACGAAGCUGAUAGGGGUGAUACCGACGUGGUGCCUCGAACACCAGAUGUGAAGAAGAGAGAUUCUGCUUCAAAGAUAAGAUCCACUUCCAAGAGCCAGGGGCCGCAGAAGGAGGUCGAUGGGGCAGAUUCUUUGACUAUUAAUGGGAAUGUGUUCGAGAUGAAGUUUACAGUGAAACUGUCCACUCCUCAUAUUAUACUGGCUGAGGUUGUGGAGAAGGUGGCAUCCCAGGUUUCUGUGCGAGCUGUGGCUGGCAUCGAGAAAUGUGCUGUGAUCGAUUACAAGGGAGAUUCCUCUAAUCCUGCAUUGCAGACAGACGGCGUCAAUUUUGAGGGGAUAUGGACACUCUCUGAUGAUCUAGAUCUCAACCGGCUGACCACCAAUAAUGUGGCCUCUAUGCUCAAGGUCUAUGGAGUAGAGGCGUGUCGAGCUACGAUCCUCUCUGAAGUACAGGCUGUUUUUGGAUCAUAUGGAAUUUCUGUAAACCCUAGGCACUUGGCAUUGAUUGCUGAUUUCAUGACGUUCCAAGGCGGAUAUCGGGCUUGCAAUAGGUUGGGUAUUAACUCAAGCCCGUCGCCGUUCCUUAAAAUGAGCUUCGAAACAGCCACUGUGUUUCUUAUGGACGCAACCCUGCAGAAGCAUUCAGAUUACUUGGAGUCACCCUCUGCAAGGAUUGUUAUGGGGAGAAUUGUUGAGAUGGGUACUGGUUCCUUCGACCUUCUGCAGAAUAUUGAUGGUAUGAUUGCACCACAAGCUUAAGGCGAGCGAGAUCAACCUGUUCUGGACUCGUCACAUUUCCUUGCCUUCGGUGCCUGUCUCGCAGUGCGGACUCUAUCGUGUUCGGAUGCGACACUGCUAGUUGUACAAGGCGUGGGCAGUUCAUGAGAACCAGUUGGUAUAGAAGUCCCUUUGUUACUUCUGUUCUCAUGAAGCUGAGAAAAGAGCGUUUGCAAUCCAUGCAACAUAUGUGCAACCGGCUGACCAGUAAAAGCGGAUACAGGUCUCUUCCUUCGUCGAGAUUAGGUGAUACUCCUAUUUGAGAAGAUUAUAUUCAAAGUUCAGCUGCCAUGUCAAAGACCUUAACUGCUGGUCUUCUGAUUUUAUGAUGAGAGAGAGAGUUUCUGAAAAUUUCACGAUCGAGCCGGAGUGCCAACCGUGGAACGCUGUAGAGUGGUUUAGAUUGUAGAAUUGUAGCUUAAAGAAAGCGUUAGGCAUGAUAAAGUCGAACUGCAGUUUUUGCGACUUCGAAGGAUCCAAUGCUGAUUCAGAAGUCGUAGUUCAUGUGUAUUUCUGUCUUCCGUCUACACAUCAUUAUAAAGGUGUUAACAUUGGAUAAUUUACAGGACCAGUUUGAGUCUUAAA